UAAUAUUUAUGUUCAGAAAACCCCCAUUUGCUGCUUUGAUCCUCUGUUUCUAGGGUUUAGUUUUUCUCUUCAUUUCCAUAUUUCAUUUCCGUUUCCAGAUCUAAAAAUAAAAAAUAAAAAAAAUGGCUGGAAAUUCAAUAAAAAAUGUUGCAAAAGCUGUUGGAGAGUUUCAAUAUCCAUGGCGUGAUAAAUUGGUAAAAUACAAAGAUGAGCUUUCAAAGGGGGUUUGGGGUUAUUGGGAACUCGGCGCGUGGAAGCCGUUAGGAAUUAGUGCUCGACGUAGGGCCCGUUUGCGUAAAGAAGUAUUGUUAGCUGGACAAGAUUGGCCGUAUGAUCCGGAAAGGAAAGAAAUGAGGACUAAAAGGAAAGGACAUAAAUGUGAUAGAAUAUCGGCUGAGAAACGAGCUAAUACUGCUGAGUUGAUGAAGAAAAUGCCUCAAAUGCUUGCGGAUUAUCGGAAGAGGAGGUGGGAGAAGAAGAUGAACGAAGAGGAUGCGGUUGCUAAGAAAUCAUAGGUUGUGAUCUCAUUUUCGACGACUCUUUUAUUUGCUUGUUUAAGUAUUUUUGUAUUUGAAUUUAACGCCCGUAGAUGAAUAAGUAGUGCACUGCUUAGGUGAAAGUUGAAACCUUGUUGUUAAUGCGUGACUUUUUGAUAAAAAGAAGCAGAAAGACAUGAUUUUUUUGAUGCUCUAA